AUGUUUUCAAAUCCAUUGGCCAAUGCUCCAAAACCAACAGAUUCAAUAGAUUUCUUCAAUGUGGCUAAUGAUAAUGAAUAUGAUCAUGAAAGUACACAAGUACCUGACAAAUUAAACAUCACUAAUUUACACUCAGGAAUCAUGAAAGAUAUCAGCUCUAAUAUUGAGCAUCAACCAGAAUCAGAAGAUAUCAGCUCUAAUAAUGAUUAUCGCCCGGAGACAGAGGAUAUGAGCUCUAAAAUUCAGCAUCAACCAGAGUCGGAAUAUAUUAAUAUACAUUUGACGCAAAUGGUAAAUGAUAUUGGUCACGCUGUUAUGGAUGUUGCACGUAAGAUGGCCACAUUACAAAAAGAUUUAAAAAUCAUUCAAGUGGAUGUAAUGAAAAAUCAAAAACUUUUGAUAGAUAUAAACACACAUUUAACCCAUUCAGUUACCACUACAGACCAAAGAUCUUUCAACCGGUCUAGUUUAAACAUAUCUAUAGAAACUAUGGAUGUAUUGAAAAAAAUUGACGCUGAAGAGGAUAAAUUAAAAACUUUGUAUCAGAUUUUAAAAAGAGAUUCAAAAUCAUUUGAUGCCAAGCGUACAACAUACUUGGCAAUGAAGACAGUCAUCCAUAAUAAAUUAGCUGAAUAUUUAAACAUGGAAGGUAGACGAGGAGAUAAAAGUGCAUUUAACAAAUUUAAAAUUUGUACCAUUGUUAUAGAUAGCGUUAAAGACCAUUUCCCACACAGUUCAAUUGUGGAAAUUAAAGGACACAUAAGUGACUGGUUAAAACAAGCACCCAAAAGAAAAUAA